CUUGCAUUUGUUACCGUGCGCAGCAAACAAUGACAAGCUGAAGCAUUCACGUCUGGCCUCGCUGGCCAUAAAUACACAUCACCAUGCCCGUCCGACGAAAAGAAGGGCCCCGCCGGUUCGCCAAACAGCCCGGCCAGCUCUACGACAAAACCCGCAAGGUCAAGACUGUCGAUGCCUCGAAACUACGCUCCACCGAGCAGACUUCUCAGAACGAGCGACUCGAAGCCACGCGGCUGGCCAACCGCAUUGACGACGGCCAGGGCUUCGAGCGGUUCGAAGCUGGGAAGAAGCGCGUGGGAUGGCUGCUGAACAUGCAUAGCACCUCGCUCGAGGACUCCAAGAUUCCCGGCGGUCGAGCGGCAGUCGACUACUACUUCAUUGGCGACGAUGGAGACACGUUCAAGGCGAGCGUGACAUACGAUCCCUACUUCCUCAUUGCGGUAAAGAAGGGGCGAGAACCGGAGGUGGAAGAGUGGGUGCGCAGGGCAUACGAAGGGCUGGUCAAGAGCGUGCAACGAGUGGAGAAGGAGGAUUUGAAGAUGCCAAACCAUCUGCUGGGAUACAGGCGGACGUUCCUCAAACUCGUCUUUGCCAAUGUCAACGAUCUUCUCGCGGUGCGAAGGGAGCUCAUGCCGAUUGCCGAGAAGAACAAGUCCAAGGUCAGCGCCAUGGAUACGUAUGCCGAAGUCGCGAGUGCCAAUGCCGGGUUUGAUCUAUUUGGCGACGAAGAGGACAACGAGAGACGGCCGACCAAUGUUGCUGACGCCAGCGAUUUCGUCGUCGACAUCCGAGAAUACGACGUUCCAUACCAUGUCCGAGUGGCCAUUGAUCUGGAUGUGCGAAUAGGGAAGUGGUACACUGUCGAAGCCAAACACGGCCACAUCACUCUCACUUGUAUCGAGGAACGACUGCAACGUGCCGACCCAAUCGUUAUGGCUUUCGACAUUGAAACAACGAAGCUGCCCUUGAAGUUUCCGGACGCAUCCUUCGAUCAGAUCAUGAUGAUAUCCUACAUGAUUGACGGUCAAGGCUUCCUCAUAACCAACAGAGAGAUCGUCAGCGAGGACAUCCAGGACUUCGACUAUACCCCCAAACCGGAGUUCGAGGGGCCUUUUCUUAUCUUCAAUGAGGCGAAUGAGGAAGCCGUGAUUGAACGCUUCUUCGCCUGCAUCAAAGAAGCACGCCCAACGGUGAUUUCCACUUACAACGGAGACUUUUUCGAUUGGCCGUUUGUGGAGGCUCGGGCGAGCGUGCACGGUAUCGACAUGUACCAAGAAAUUGGCUUCCGCAAGAACAGCGAAGACAUCUACCAGUCCACACACUGCGCGCACAUGGACGCGUUCGCCUGGGUCAACCGAGAUUCUUAUCUACCACAAGGCAGUCGUGGUCUGAAGGCUGUCACCGUCGCCAAACUGGGCUAUGAUCCGGACGAGCUGGAUCCCGAACUGAUGACUUCAUACGCCGCUGAACGUCCACAAACGCUUGCAGAAUACUCAGUCUCCGAUGCUGUUGCGACCUACUACCUGUACAUGAAAUACGUGCACCCAUUUAUCUUCUCCCUCUGCACAAUCAUCCCUCUGGGACCGGAUGAUGUGCUACGGAAGGGAACGGGCACGCUCUGCGAGAUGUUGCUGAUGGUGCAAGCGUAUCAAAAAGAGAUUGUGCUGCCAAACAAGCACGUCCAGCCUCGAGAGGCGUUCUGGGAAGGCCACCUGCUCGAGUCGGAGACCUACGUCGGAGGCCACGUGGAGAGUAUCGAAGCUGGCGUAUUCCGCAGCGACAUCCCGAACAACUUCGCCAUUGAUACAACGGCAAUCGACGAGCUUCUGAGAGAUCUGGACGCCGCGCUUGCCUUCUCGAUCACGGUCGAGGAGAAGAAAAGCAUGGACGAUAUUGAGAAUUACGAGGAGGUUAAGGCACAGAUCGCGGACCGGUUGAUGCAGCUCAAGACCACGCCGAAUCGAAGUGAGAAGCCUUCCAUCUACCAUCUAGACGUGGCAUCCAUGUACCCGAACAUCAUGACGACCAAUCGUCUCCAGCCGGACAGCAUGAUUGACGAAUCCGACUGCGCCGCCUGCGACUUCAAUCGACCGGGGAAGACGUGCGAUCGACGCAUGCCUUGGUCGUGGAGAGGCGAGUUUCUACCCGCAAAGAGAGAUGAAUACAACAUGAUCCGGCACGCUCUGGAGAAUGAAAGAUUUCCAGCACGUUAUCCCAACGGCUUGGCUCGCACAUUCCAGGAACUCUCGCUGGAUGAGCAGACCGGGCUGGUGAAGAAGCGUCUCACCGACUACAGCAAGAAGAUCUACCACAAAAUCCACGAUGCGCGAACACUCGAACGCGAGGCCAUCAUUUGCCAACGAGAGAACCCCUUUUACGUCGACACGGUCCGUGACUUUCGUGAUCGACGCUACGACUUCAAAGGCAAGCAGAAAGUGUGGAAGGGCAAGACGUCGGACUUGGAGAAGGCUGGCGCCAGCGCAGGCGAGAUUGAAGAAGCAAAGAAGAUGAUUAUCCUCUUCGACUCUCUGCAACUAGCCCACAAAGUCAUUCUCAACUCCUUCUACGGCUACGUGAUGCGGAAAGGAUCACGCUGGUACUCCAUGGAAAUGGCCGGCGUGACCUGUCUGACGGGCGCUCACAUCAUCCAGAUGGCACGACAGCUCGUGGAGCGUAUCGGUCGUCCACUGGAACUGGACACGGACGGUAUCUGGUGUAUUCUUCCCGCCACAUUCCCCGAGAACUUCGCCUUCAAGAUGAAGAACGGGAAGAAGCUGACCAUCUCGUACCCCUGCGUGAUGCUGAACCAUCUCGUCCACGCACGAUUCACGAAUCAUCAGUACCAGACUCUCACCGAUCCGGCCACAUAUCGAUACGAAACGCAAAGCGACAACAGCAUCUUCUUCGAAGUGGAUGGCCCGUACAGGGCCAUGAUUCUGCCGACGUCCAAGGAGGAAGACAAGAAUUUGAAGAAGCGUUAUGCCGUCUUCAACAAUGACGGGUCACUAGCGGAGCUGAAGGGGUUCGAAGUCAAGCGAAGGGGAGAGUUGAAGUUGAUCAAGAUAUUCCAGCAGCAGAUCUUCAAGUUCUUCCUUGAAGGGUCGACGUUGCAGGAGACGUAUGAGGCGGUGGCCACGGUGGCGAACAAGUGGCUGGAUGUGUUGCAUUCGAAAGGCAGCACGUUGGCUGACGAGGAGCUCAUUGAUCUGAUUUGCGAAAACAAAAGCAUGACCAAGACGCUGGAGGAGUAUGGGGCGCAGAAGUCUACGGCCAUCACCACCGCGAAGCGUCUGGCCGAGUUCCUCGGAGAGCAGAUGAUCAAGGACAAAGGCUUGAACUGCAAGUACAUCAUCUCGAGCCGGCCGAAGAAUGCGCCUGUCACGGAGCGAGCCAUUCCCGUGGCCAUCUUCUCUGCCGAAGAGUCCGUCAAGCGCCACUACCUCCGCAAAUGGUUGCGAGAAGACCCGGGCAAUAUGGAUCCUCGAGCUGUCGUGGAUUGGAACUACUACCUCGAGCGCCUUGGAUCCGUCAUCCAAAAGCUCAUCACGAUCCCAGCUGCGCUGCAGAAGAUCCGCAACCCCGUGCCCCGAGUGGCCCAUCCGGACUGGCUGGACCGCAGAAUCCGGACGAAGGAAGACAAGUUCCAGCAACGGAAGAUGACGGACCUCUUCGACAAGAAGCCACUCAGCGAGAUCAGUGCCAACAAAGUGAGUGGGCUGGUGGCCGGCGAUCUGGAAGAUUUUGGCGCGACGCCCAUGUCGAAACUCAAGCCGGCGCUCGCGGCGAAGAUUGUCAGCUCGCAGAAGCGCAAAGCCAUCGAGCCUAGUGCUGCCGUCAAUGUGAACCCCUACGAUGCUCUGCCAGCCGUUAUGCCUUCCAUGUCGGAGGACUACGUCGGCUGGCUGCAGUAUCAGAAGCAGAAGUGGAAGAUUCAACGGCAAGCGCGCAAACGUCGACGACAGCUGUUCGGCGAGAAGCGUGUGGACGUCACCGACGCGAUUGGCACGUUCUUCCGCGCCCAAGCGGAGCUUGUGUAUACGGCCGACUGGCAGAUUCUGCAACUCCGCGAGACGGAGACGCCGGGGGAAGUGCGGGCUUUUGUGCUCAUUGACAAGAAGAUCCAUCAGCUGAAAGUGAUUGUGCCCCGGCAGGUUUUCCUCAAUCUGAGAGAGCCAGCCGCUCCAGAAAUCGCAAUUGAUGGAAUGUCGAUCGAGAAGGUGACGAACUUCACCCUACCGAAUGGACAUUCGUCGUCGAAUCUGUUCAAGAUGACCAUGCCGGAGCAAGUGUACGUCAAAGAGGCGGAGCAGUUGUCGAUGCUCUUCAAUCACGAAGGUGUGGAGGGUGUGUACGAAACGCAGGUCCCGCUCAACGUUCGCGCCAUGCUGGAUCUCGGCUGUGUGUGCACAUUCGACGAGAGCCAGCGAGGCGUGCUGGGCAAGGGGCUAGAGCAAGGGUUCGAUUUGUCCGCGCUGAGAACUGUGCCGCCCAAGCAGCCGUAUAUGAAUGGUGCGUCGCUCAGCUACCUGGCUCUGUACCACAUCAGCGCGGGAGAUCGUCAGAUCUACGGUGUGUUCUCGUCGAACAAGGCCGAGGCGAAGAUCAUCAUCCUGAGCCGCGCAAGGAGCGAGCAGAGUAUGCCGAAUGUGGACCGCGUAUACCAGGACGCUCUUACUCGCAAACUCGAGGAGACGGCCGGACAGCCAUGGCAGACUGUCAUUGAGUACCAAGACAGUAUCCACUUCACAACCGUUCAGGUCACGACACAGCGACGAGCGCUGCAAGAAUUAGGUGAUGUGGUCAAGAAGAUCCAGAAGGAGGAGACACAGCCCAUGAUACUCGUCUUGCAAUCCGCGAAUGCUUCGAUGCUCUUGCAUGAUCUUCCGGCUCUGCAGGCUAUGCCUGUAUUGAGACUGACUCCCGACGAGAACGACAAGCAGCUUCCGCCCCUCGGAUGGCAGUCGUUUGUCGCCAAGAGGCUCGUCAGCCACUAUCUCGACCUGGGUCUCUGGGUUCAGCAUUUGCUGGAGUUUUCGCGAUACGGCAACGUGCCACUGUGUAAUCUGGAAAAGGACGACCCCCGGUUCUUGAUCGACAUUGCGUACGCCCGACGACUGCAGAAGGAGCGCAUUGUGCUGUGGUGGUCGGAAGAUGCGCGGCCUGAUCACGCAGGGUAUCAGAAGGACGACAUUAUGGGCACCAUGGAGACGAUCGAAAUGCCGUCCGUCAAUCAUGCUGGCACCUACUCCUCUGUCUGCAUUGAUCUCAGCGUUAAGAAUCUCGCCAUCAAUACCAUCUUGUCCGCCGCGGUGUUGAAUGAUGCCGAAGGCAGUGAUCCCAUCGGCAUCUCUGGCGCGGGAGCACAGGAGGAUGCGCUCGACGACACGACCCAGACGAUUCACGCGGAGAAUGAGUUCACCACCGCCGGUAUUGGAGCUCUCCGGGAGAUGGUGCGAGGCUGGCGGCAGGAAGCAUGCAAUGGUGCAGGCGGGAGCACUAUGGCCGAUGUCCUCGUGCAGCACCUCGUUCGCUGGAUCGAAAGCCCGAGCUCGCACCUCUUCGAUCGCAACCUGCACUACUAUGUGCAAAUGAUGUCGCGCAAAGCUCUGCAGCAGCUCAUGUCCGAGUUUCGACGCGUCGGAUCGCACGUGGUCUUUGCCAAUGCGGGUCGCUUGCUGCUGCAGACAUCCAAGGCGGAAGUUGGCAAUGCCUACGCUUACAGUCAGUAUAUCCUGAAGACGAUCAGUACGAAGCCGGCGUUCCACUUCUUGGAUCUGGCCAUUACAGAGUACUGGGACUACCUCGUGUGGAACGACGAGUUCAACUACGGCGGCAAGGGGUGCACGGAAGUUGUCGAGGCGGAGAAGCAGGUGCUCGACACCAUUAUGCAUUGGCAGAUGUCGACGUUCCUGCCGUCGAUCUUGCAGCCUCACUUUCACGACUGGAUUGUCGAGUACAUUGAGCUGAUGCAUCAACGGAAACAGCCAUCUGGAUUGUUGAAUGGGACGCUCAGGUUGACACAGCUGCCCAUUCACGCGCCAAUCUUCAACGCCGAGAAGGACGAUCAGACGACGCCGGGGAACGUGCUGGCCAAGUCUUUCUCCAAACCGCUACAAAAGCAGAUUGUGAAUUUGAUAAAGCGACAACGGACGGAAGCGAUGCACGAGGAUCUGGUGCAGGACUGGACGUUCCCCUCCAUGCCCGGCUCACACUUGUCCCUGCAAAAUCCGGUGCUGGAGCUGGUCAAGAGCGUGAUGCAGGUGCUCAGUCUCGACAAAACCAUCACGCUCGAAGCACGAUUACUGCGCAAAGAGCUGCUCCAGCUGUUUGAGGUUCGCGAAUUCAGCAACGACGGCGCAUUCGUCAACCCGAGCACAAGUCUGUGCAUCCGCCAACUCAGCUGCACCGAGUGCUGCUUGCCCAAAGACAUCGACCUCUGUCGCGACAGCGAUCUCAUGGCCGACGACGGGCAGCAGCGCCACUUGCUCCCACGAUGCGAAAACUGCGGCGCCGUGUUCGCCAGCUUGUCCAUCGAGGAGCGACUUAUCGGCGAUGUGCAGCGCAUGCUGGUGCAGUGGAUGACGCAGGAUGUCAAGUGUCGGAAGUGCGCGCGCGUGCGGACAAACGAUUUCAUGGAGCAUUGCGCUUGUGCGGGCGAGUGGACGACGACGGUCAAGAGGGAGGAGGUGGGGAGGUUGUUACGGAUUUACGAGAAGGUCGCGGCGUUUUAUGGGUUGAAGAUGUUGGAGGUUGUGCUGGAGGGAGUUAUGACGGGUGGGGUGUGACGGCCUUUUGCCUUGCAUGAGAGUAGAGAUUUAGAAAAGGGAACUUGCAUUGAGUGUCU